ACAGAAAAACUGAGAAAAACGAAAAUACAAUGUCAGUUAUGGAAGAUUUCCCCGAAAAGAACAAACAUUCUAAAACUGCAGUAAUAAAUUGCUUGGAAGAUCUUGGCUGCUGUUCUCGAUGUAUUGUCAGAUUCCUCGAAGAAAAACACCCUGAAGAAAACCCAAAGCCUUUUCUGAAUGCAAACAAUUUCUUAAUGGAAAUUACUGGCUUCAAGGAUGUAGUUUCUGAGCCUUCCAUUAAAAGAAGAAGAGACAAUCUUUGUAGAACUUGUCUUGGUAUAUUAGAAGACUCCACCAUUGAAAAAUAUUUGGGAUCAUUAUCCUUGGAUGCUAUGAGUAAAUACAAAUAUUCUGAUUAUCACUUGCUCAUAAGUUUACCAAAAACAAUACUUCUCAGGGAGCGAAGUUUAUUAUUAUAUUUGAGAGAUUGUUUUCCAGACACAUAUCACAAAUGUGAAAAUCCAGAGAGCCUGAAAAAAAUAUUCAGAUUGAUAUCAAGUGAACAGUUUUCCAAAAAGCUGAACAAGACAUAUAUGCCCAAUUCUCCUUUCAAAAUAAACAUGAAUAUCAACUACGGAAAUGAUGAAGUGGAAGUCAAGAAUAUGGAGAAAUUAUCAAAAAAGAAUGUCAGCAGAGUUUCCAUUGAAGGUAUAAUAGCUACCUGCACCGAUGAAGCAUUCAAGAUGCAUUUCCCCGUUCCACCCAGCAUCCCAGAUACAGAGACAACUCUAGAUGUCACUUUCUCUGCCGAUACCGUUUAUAUCGGAGGUAGGUAUCUGAAGUUCUCGAGAGAAAUGGGACAGUCACCUUGGAUCAUAAACAACAAGCAGAUGACAGAGUUUUGCAUACAGGACGUUAUUUUCGAUAGCGUUGUGAAAAUCUUAGGAUUCGAUCGAAAUAAAAUGACGUUUUCGGCCAGCGGUCGCGAGGAUGCAGACGUUCGAAUGCUGGGCAACGGUAGGCCAUUCUAUAUUCAAAUUCAAGACCCCCUUACUGAUCAAAUAACAUUCGAACAACUCAGGGAAAUAGAAGAUGACAUCUUGAAGAGCGGUAUAGCUGCAGUAGUGAAUAUGCAGAAGGUCGAUCAGAGCUCCAUCAAGAAGAUAAAGGAUGGCGAGGAGUUUAAGAAGAAGCACUAUUUUGCCCUUUGCAAAACGUUGGCACCUGAUGUUGAUUCUGUGAUAGAAGUGAUCAACUCUUAUGGCAAGGAAAAAUUCGAGAUACACCAGAAAACACCGAUGAGGGUGCUUCAUAGAAGAACGUUAGCAGUGAGAGACAGGGUUAUACACUCUUUGAGGGCGACUUCUGUACCAGGUCAUUCGGAUUUGAUUUACGUAGACUUGAUUACACAGGCUGGUACCUAUGUGAAGGAAUUUGUGAAUGGAGAUUUUCACAGGACUGAGCCGAAUUUAUCCUCGAUAACCGGAUAUCCUGUAGACGUGGUGGCUUUAGAUGUUACUGGUGUUGAACUUGAUUGGCCUUAGCGGUAAUCCAAUAAAAUGCAUUGGUC